AUGUCCGACGCUCAGGAGUCAUACUGGUGCUACCGCUGCUUCAAACAUGUAGCCGUUAGAACCUUAGACGACGAGGUCCUGUGCUGCGAAUGCAACAACGGUUUCGUCGGGUUAAUCCAGGCGAUUCCCGCCGCUCAUUCAACUGAGAUUGAAGUGCAGUCGUACGGGCUCCAUCAGCGAAGAGAAAGUAACCUAGAGAGAGUAAUCAACCGCUUAUCGUCUAGGCACGAAGCUUCGCCUCCAAAUACAUUGGAACGAGUCGCCGGUAGUAUUGGAGGAAGGAGAGGAGCACCACCAGCUGCGAAGUCAGCGGUUGAGGCGUUAGAGACUUUUGAGGUUGGUUCUACUUCUUCUGAGGAAGGAGAGAGGACGGCUGUGAUGUGUGCUGUGUGUAAAGAUGCCAUGGUGAUGGGUGAAAUAGGGAAGAAGCUUCCAUGUGGACAUUUUUACCAUGAUAAUUGUAUUUUGCCAUGGUUAGAGAAAAGAAACUCGUGUCCUGUUUGUAGGUUCCAGCUUCCGACUAAUGAUCCCCGGUAUGAGAGAAAGAGAGCAAGAGAAGAACCACAUUUGACUGUUUCUGCUGGUGCUUAUUCUUCUUCUUUGAUGAGUGAAAGAGAAGAAAAUAGCAACCAUCAUGUUUUUGAGACGAGAAGGCGAACACCUAGGAAGAGAAGACCAAACAGAUAUACGGGUCAUUUUGCUCAUUGA